CAGCAUGGCCGCCGAACCGGAAAACGAACCGAGGUACGUUGUCGCCGCCUCCCUGCCGCGCCGGAUGCCGUCUCCUCACCUGCCGGGCCUGAUCCCGCGCCAGCCCCCCGGAGGAGGUGCCCGACGAUUUUGACGUCAUGGACCAGGUCGAGAGCGCUCUCGGCUUGUCGGUGGACAUCGACGGGAAUGUGGUGCCGGUCCGAGAAAAGACCCCGCAAGUCCGACGCGUGGGCGCCCGUUGUGCUCACUGUUCCAGUCCCCGGGUGAGCGACAUCCUCAGCCGGUGGUUCGAGCUGAUCGUCUGCACUGGCUGUGUUCGUGCCCGGCCCGAGCUGUACUCCUUGCAUUCGAAGACCGCCGCCAAAGAGGAAUAUCUCCUCGCCGACGAGGACCUCUCGGAGCUUCCGUUCAUGAUGCGCGCCAACAGCCGGCACCCCAGCUGGGCCCCGGUGCAGCUGUUUCUGGCCAAGCACCUGCACAUUCAGGCCCUCCGGAAGCACGGCGGCACCGAGGAGAGUCUGAUGCAGGCAUUUGAGGAGCGCGAGCGGCGGCGCACUCUCCUCCGACAAUCGCGCGGCCGGCUGCCCCAGCGCCUGCACUUCACACAGGAUGUGGAUCUUUCGGGCACCGAGUCGGCGCCUCCGGCCGAUCUGCUGAGCGAUCCCCUGGAGCAUCGCCACGACUGGCGUGAGGAGACUUCGAUCGAUGGCGAGACGGCGGUGGUGUGCUCGACAUGCCGGGUCCCGGCGUCCGGGCAUGUCCGGCGGCGAUCUCCCUCCCCGGGCCCCGGGUCACCGCCAGAUCGCAAGCGAGCCAACCGGCGCGGUCAGGCCGCCCAGCCCACAUGGACCCGGGGUUCCGAGGCGGCAUUGGUUUCGCCGGGCCCGGCGGCGGCCGAGGCGCCGGGGGCCCCUCUGUUCGGGCACUUCGAUCUCUCCUCCGGUUCUGAUACCGACUGAUCACAAGGACCGGGGCGGGAGCCAAUACUUAACUCUAUGGAUCCGAAUUCCAAGCACGACGCCCU